AGUAGCAUUAGGUCAGCAAAUGAGCAACUACCCGGGGCCAUCUUCGUGGGAUAAUACUCCACCGGCUCCCUCAUCAUCGUCAUCAUCGACCGAGAGACAAGGUUUUGGUGGUUCGAUGGAUCGCCAGCCAGCGGAAGGGUACAGUGGAUCAGCGACAGCAGCAGCCGGCGCAACAGCGGACGGUUUUGAGGAGGGUCUUCGUGAUGGGGGUCUCGGCUGGGGCUCGGGGGACCGGAGUGCUAUGUAUAAUAUGACCGCUGGAUGGGGUCGGCCUAAGCACAAGCAGGAGGUUCGUGAAGGAGAUUGGUUCUGCAAUACAUGUGGCGACCACCAGUUUGCUCGUAAUGAGUACUGCCGUAGUUGUGGGGCUCCUAAGGGGGCACCGCCACCCGAUCCUGCGACAUUGGAGGCGGAGUAUAUGGCGGCAGCUGCGGCCUAUCAAAUGAUGAGCGCCUAUGGAAUGCCAGCGUAUGAUCCUUAUGCGUCUAGUGACCCUGCAGGAGGAAUGCCAAUGUGGCCGGCUUGGGGAGGAUGGGGAGGUUGGCCUGGGUAUUACGGCAAGGGUAAAGGUGGUGGUGGUGGUGGACAAGUUAGGAGGCCGGGUGAUUGGGAUUGCCCUCAAUGUGGUGAUAUGAACUUCGCCUCAAGACAAGUUUGUCGAAAGUGUGGUACGCCUCAUAGCUUUGCUGCAUCGGCUGGAGGUCUGGAGGGUGCCGCUGCUGGUCCGCCUACGGGAGCUUCCUCGCUGGAAUCCACGGGAGCUCUUCCGGACUACUCCGCGCGAGCGCAGGAGUAUCGCCCUAGAUCAAGGAGUCGUAGCCGAGACAGACGCUUCUAGAAAGGAACAUAUAACGUCUAUGUACUCCAACUGCCGUUCGCCUAGUUACUGGGCGGUGGUGCUUCCCGCAUAUUCAGAAUGUAAAAUGAUAGUACGAGAUGGUUACUGCCGUAUGUAUUUAUAGUAAAUGACGCUAAUGCUUCUACGAUUGUCGUUGCUGCCACUACUGUUGGUCUCAUUCUGGUUGCUGCUGUGCUAUGGUGCCUCCUGCUAUACGUUGUCACCCUGUCCAGCAGUGUUAACACCAUUCUACCUACCUUUUCAGCUCUGACAAAUCUGUUAAGUUCGUAACUGUCCAUUUACACACUGGUUAUUCUAUGUAUGUGAACGGCGGAGCUUGUUUGAGUUUACUCAGGGAAGA